GCCAGCGGUCGCCUCCAGCACCGCCCGACGGAUCUGCAGCACAUCCCAACGUCCGCGUCGUCAACCGCCUCCUCUCCCGUCCCCGGAUCCUCCAGCUCGACUCUGCCGCCCAGCUCCACCUCCGGCUUCAUCUGCCUCCCCCACACCGCUGUUCAUCGAGGCAUCGUCUAGCUCGACUUCAGCAAGCAAGCAGGACACCGCCGGCAGCCCUCCACUCCACUAAGUUGGAAAGAAAAUGAGCCAUACGAACAUACAUCCGGUGGAGGUGGAGGUGGAGGGGCCAGCGGGGCUUCCAGUGGGCCCGCAGCCGGCGGUUAGGAUGGAGGACGUGCCAGGGAAGCCUGGGACACUUCUCGGCCUCGUCUUCCGGUGUACACAGUUUGUUUGUGCAGUCAUCACAGUGGCUGUGAUGGCCAGCACCGACCUUACACCUGUCCUCGUCUCCGGAUUUCUUGCUGCAGCUGCCGCUUUGACGUGUCUGUGGAGUUUCCCGCUUGCCAUUGUGGAUUUGCACGCGCUGCUUGUCGGGCGUCGUUUACACAACCCUCGGCUCAUUUGGUUCUUAACUAUUGGAGAUGCGAUCACGGGAGCCCUUCUUUUCACUGCAGCUUGCAUGGCAGGCGGCCUUUCGAGGUUCAUGUGCGAGCCAAGUGACUGUGUUAGAAUCACGACUUCGACAAUAUUUGCAUACUUAUGCCUUGCUGUAGUUUCAUUAUCUUUCUUCCUGAACUUUAGUUCGUUGCCCUGAUCAUAGUGUCUAAAUGGGAAAGAAAUAGCUUUUUUUUGUAAAUAUGAUGAACUCCUAGUUAUUUGCAUAUGGCGACAUUCAUGAAAUGCUACUAUUUAUGAAAAGCUUAAUCUUCCCCUGCUAA